AUGAAUCCGAGAUGUGUUAGCGUCGAUUCAAACCUUUGCCGCUCGCUUUCCGCUGUCGGUCAGGUCGGGUUGGCAGUGGAUUCUCGCGGCGACGUGGCGUUGGCCGGACACGUUUUCGAAGAUGGCAGCGGCUUUGUGGACGGUCGCAGGGACGCGAUCGUCUUGAAGCUCGCCUCUGCCGACGGGUCUACUCUGUGGACCAGAAAUAUUGGUGUGCCUGGCUCGCACGACUGGAGUUCUGCUGUGGCAACAGACCGCAGCGGAAACAUCUUCGUCGGGGGGCAGACAGAUGGGAAUCUCUUCGCCCCUUGGACGGAGGGAGACGGGCAAGACAUCUGGGUGGCGAAGCUAGAAGGAGAAGGGGGGGGGUUGUUGUGGGGAUACCAGGUUGGGUCAGCCGGGCAGGACAUGGCAUCCACGUUGACGGUGCAGAGUGGCGUGCUGGAGGGCGACGUAAUUGUUUGCGGCUCGACAACCGGAGGGUUGUUCGAAAACCCGGGGGGUGUUUUUGAGAGCGGUAGCUCUGGGGAAACGGAGGAGAAGGGGAACAAAGGAACGAAGGCGUUUUGCGCAAGGCUUGCGGCGUCAGAUGGGCAUGUGGUGUGGGGGACGCGCUUUAAGGGGGGCUCGAACAACGAGAUCUUGGCGGCCGCCGUGGAUCCGUUGACGGGGGACGUGUUCGCCGCGGGGUACAUUUCAGAGGCAGGCGGGAGCGACUACGUUGUGGCGAGACUAAACGGGCAUGACGGUUCGGAGACAUGGCGGAGUACGGGGGGGGGGGGCUGGAUGAACAACGGUUUCACGGACACGAACGUGCGAGACUCGGCGUGCGCGCUGGCGGUGGACUGGAGGGGAGACGUGAUCAUCGCCGGCAACACGGAAGGGGCGCUUUUCAGCAGUACAUAUCGGCGGAAUUGUGGGGUGCGCGAGGCGGGGGGAUGGGACGGUACGAGAGCUGCUUCCCAAAUGUCCCUUGCAGUCGGAGUAAGACUCCCUCCUCCGUGA